ACCAUUUCUUUCAUUAUUCAACACCGAUUCUUAUCUUCUCUUUCUUUCUUUCUUUCUUUCUUUCUCUCUCUCUCUCUCACACACACACACAAGUCUUCAUCGUUGUUGCUUCGUCUUCACGGUGGCGGUGCCUUCGCCAGGCAAAGCAUCCACAAGAGAUUGAGAGAUCCUCCAGCCUCUCCUUCGAUGAUCAGAACUACAUCGGUGUGCCAUUAUCUCCGUCGAUGAUUCUCCAACCUCCCUCCCCUCUCUGCUAACCAUCGAUAACAGAGAUCUGAUCCACCUAUAUCCCUUCGAAUUGAUUUCUACGUCUGCCUCUAGGCCUUCAUUUUGACUUCAAGGUGAAGCCACUGUUCAUAAUUGAAUCGAUUUAUGCGUAAUAAACUGUGCUGAAACUUAAAAUUUUAGAAAUGAGUGUGGUUGGGUUUGAUAUUGGGAAUGAAAACUGUGUAAUCGUUGCUGCAAAAAACCGUGGGAUUGAUGUAUUAUUGAAUGACAAAUCAAAUCGCAAGACACCUGUUGUGGUGAGUUUUGGUGAGAAGCAAAAGUUUUUGGGUUCUGCUGGAGUUGCAUCUGCUACUAUAAAACCUAAAUCUAAUAUUUCUCAAGUUAAAAGGUUAAUUGGAAGUGAAUACAAGAAUCCACUAGUGCAGGAUGAUCUUAAGUUACUACCUUUUGAAACCAGUGAAGCUUCUGAUGGUGGUGUUUUGAUUCUCGUACAAUACUUGAAUGAGAAACACACUUAUAGACCUAUGCAGAUUUUGGGAACGUCGUUUGCAAAAUUAAAGCAAAUGGCAGAGAAAAACCUUGAAAACCAUGUUUCAAGCUUUGUGACCGGGAUUCCAUCAUAUUUCACAGACUUACAAACGCGAGCUUAUCUUGAUGCUGCACAUAUUGCAGGUUUGAGAUUAAUGCACGAUUGCACUGCAACUGCAUCAAGAAUCCACAAGUGGAUUUGCAAGCUCAGGAUCGUGCUCACAAAAUUGGGCAGAAGAAAGAAGUUCAAGUGUUCUGAUUUUGCACAAAUAUUCCUUUAGCUUCUUUCCUUUCCAUUUGAUUAAUAGUUGAAAUGUUUGUUUGCUAAUUUUAAGCAACUAUAAACAGUACACUAUAGAGGAUAAAGUCAUUGAAAUUGUGGUAUACUUACGCUAUUAUAGAUGACAAGGCUGCUGGACAUUCUAGAAGAUUACUUGAUGUUUCGUGGAUAUUUAUACUAUCGUAUUGACGAAAACACUGGAGGUGAAGAUCGUGAUGCCUCCAUUGACGCUUUUAAUAAGCCAGAAAGUGAAAAGUUUGUGUUUUUAUUAUCAAGAGCGGGAGGCCUUGGUAUCAAUCUUGCCACUGCAGAUAUUGUCAUUUUGUAUGAUAAUGACCGAUUUGAAAGAAAUUGUGGUGAAUAUUGAAGAGAUGAAAAAUGAUAAAUUGAAGAAAAUAAGGAAAUAUUGAUACGAAGACGAAAAUGCUUUGAAAUUUGUAGCAUUUUUUAUUUUUUUGUAUUUUAUUUUGUAUCGAAAAAAAUACUUGUAUUAUUAUGUUUAUAGAUUAAUUAAUAAAAAUGAGAUUUUUUGUGAUUUA